AUGGCACCAGGAAAGUGGGACGACGAGGAUGAGGGCAGCACUCCUCCCACAUCCCCACAGGUGGCUCCCAUCGCGCGCCGCAGCAAGUUCGACGAUGAAGAAGAAGACGACGAUGUACUAGAUUCAUGGGACGCUGCCGAGGAUUCCGAAGUCGAACGCGAGAAGGCAAAGAAGGCCGCCGAGGCAAAGGCUAAGGCGGACGCAGAGGCAAAGGCAAACCACAAGUCCAAGGCGCAAAGGAUCGAGGAGCACAGGCAGGCCGCGCUACGUCGGCGGCAGAUGGAAGAGGAUGGCGAGACCGACGAAGAAGAGACUGAGGCUGAACGCCGCGAACGAAUGCGCCAGGCAGAACUCGACGCUUCGCGCGCCCAAGCUGAGGAACUCUUUGGCGACCUGAGCGUCGCCCCCAAGGCCCGUACUGGCAAAGCCAUCACUAUUGCCGACGAGUCCGACCCGGGCAACGCCAUCGACCUUUCCUCCCUCGCUCUUUUCAACCCCAACACCAAGGACCAGUUUACUAAGCUCCGGGAAACUCUCACACCUCUGAUUGCUGGCAACUCUAAGAAGGGCCAGUACUCGCUGUUCCUACAGGAGUUCACCAAGCAGAUUGCUAAGGAUCUGCCGAGUGAGCAGAUUAAGAAGAUUGCAUCUGGCCUGACAACACUGAGCAACGAGAAGAUGAAGGAAGAGAAGGCUGCUGAGAAGGGUGGAAAGAAGAGCAAGGCUGCAAAGACCAAGACUACACUCAAUGCGAGCAGAGACGUCGGCGUCAGGGCAGAUACUAGGGCAUACGAUGACGACGACUUUGGCGAUGACGACUUCAUGUGA